AACCCAAUCCGACCGGUUGUUUGUUUAUUCUGUCGUUUCUUUAAUCUCUGCUUUGGGUUUGUUUGUUGUUUUUUUUCUGCUCACUGCAGCAAUCAGGACAACUAUCAGCUGGUUCGUAAACUGGGCAGAGGGAAGUACAGCGAAGUGUUCGAGGCCAUAAAUGUGACCAACAACGAGAAGGUGGUGGUGAAGAUCCUCAAGCCGGUCAAGAAGAAGAAGAUCAAACGAGAGAUCAAAAUUCUUGAGAACCUGCGUGGAGGAACUAACAUCAUCCGCCUGGUGGACACGGUCAAAGACCCAGUGUCCAGAACUCCAGCGCUCGUCUUUGAGUGCAUCAAUAACACAGACUUUAAGGAACUUUACCAGAAGCUGACGGACUACGAUAUCCGAUACUACAUGUACGAGCUGCUCAAGGCUCUGGACUACUGUCACAGUAUGGGCAUCAUGCACCGGGACGUGAAGCCGCACAACGUGAUGAUCGAUCACCAGCUCAGAAAGCUGCGUCUCAUAGAUUGGGGGUUGGCAGAGUUUUACCAUCCCGCUCAGGAAUACAACGUCAGGGUGGCCUCUCGUUACUUUAAAGGCCCCGAGCUGCUAGUGGACUAUCAGAUGUAUGACUACAGUUUGGACAUGUGGAGUUUAGGCUGCAUGUUGGCCAGCAUGAUCUUUCUGAAGGAGCCAUUUUUUCACGGCCAGGACAACUACGACCAGCUGGUCCGAAUCGCUAAAGUUCUGGGCACCGAUGAGCUUUUCGGCUACCUGCACAAAUAUCACAUAGAGCUGGACACUCGCUUUAAAGACCUGCUGGGACAACAAACCCGUAAGCGCUGGGAGCAGUUCAUCCAGUCUGAGAACCAACACCUGGUCAGUCCUGAGGCUCUGGACCUGCUGGACAAACUGCUGCGCUACGACCACCAGCAGAGACUGACGGCUGCCGAGGCCAUGCAGCACCCCUACUUCUAUCCUGUGGUGAAGGAACAUGCAAACGCCAACACAGACGGCACGAAGGCCAUCAGCGGCUCUAACGCUACAUGAUGAGCGGAGAGCAGGAAGAAUCUUUGUUACCUCAACGUGUGACCUUUUCGUGGCAGAACUUUCUGCCUCCACAUCGACAGCCAUACAGGAGCAAGAUGUCAGUUUAACACAAACACACAGAUUAUACGUCUCCCUGCAGCCUGGGGAUCUGCGCUGCUGGGUCCACGUCACAGAUAAACAGGAUCUGGACUCAGGUCUGACCCCCCUCCCUCCUCUCCUCCCCCUCCCCC